CCCAGAAGUCAGAGGUCUUAAUAGUCUGGGUCUGGGAGGGAGGAGACAGAGAAAGAGAAAACCUGGGGACAGGUGAACCCCUCCCUACAAUGCCCUCUGCUGGCGAGUGGCUGCCCCAGCCAGAGGCUAUUGAACUGACAGCCGGCAGAAGGCAAUAAUAUCUACCUCGUGAGGGAUAAGCAUGGUCAUUAUUGAGCUAAUAACUGUAAAAUGCUCGCCCCAAAAUGGGUGCUCCAUGAGCGGCAACUCUUGUCACCGAGGGCUGGCCUCCUGCAGUUGGGGACCAUGGUGAGCUCCCCAGCACACCCCCGCCCCAAUUAUCUCAUAGAAAAUAAGUAACCGCCACUGAUUUCAUCUCCGUUAAUGAUUCUCCAGCCUCCUGUCCCCUACCGCAACCCCCUCCCCUCCACCACCUUCCCCAAGGUAGAAGAGAGAGGAUGGGGUAAACUCCUCCCAGGGAUGCCCAGGUCCCCAGAGUGGAGAGAUGGGGAAAAGGAGCAAUGGCGAGCAGCCAAUCUGGGAAGGAGACCUCAUGAGUAAAGGACUAGCAAAGGAGAGGUGCUUGGAAUUUUAUAGGUAUGAAAAGGGUAGGUGUUAGUCUUUGCUGGACAAAGCUCUGUCUGAGUCACAUAGGAGGCUGCUUUGUCCUCUGAGUCAUGAAGUUGUAGGGAUUUGUGAAAAUCCGUCAAGCUCGAGUUCUGAGAGGGGAAGGCCCAUGCCAACUUGGCUAUAACCUAUGUCCUAUAACCUGUGUCCAUAUAUCAUGAACUCCUUUCCAAAGCUGAUGCUUGCCCCCCUUGGGGAUAAUCCCAGUUACAGGAAAGUCCUGGGGAAAUCUGAGGGUCUGCACCACCCGUGGACACAAAGCCAGCUCAUGGAAUGUGCAUACCACAGGUUCCAGAAGUCUUGUAGCCUGAGGCUGAGCCCGCCCAGAAGUCCGGGUGUCACAGAGCCAAAGCCUCAACCCUUCUAUCAAGGGGCCCACUCCAGAGGCCAAGUCUAGUAGACCGGGGGAGGGGGGGGCUCUGCUAAAUGAAACCCUUCAGGACCAUGCAGGCAGCCAGCCUUCCAUACACCCCAGCCAAUGCCACCACUCUGUCAUUGGAGAAAGGCAGACCAGAUGGAGCCUCACUCCGCCCUUCUCCCGUCCCCCACCCUCCUCUGCCUUGCACACAACAUAUAGCAUCGAGCACUUGGCCUGAGAAGUGUGCUGCCUGAGAUUUGCUCUCCGUGAGGAGAAUGCAGCCUCAAGGAACCAUCUUUGUGGCUCUUCCCCACCUGGGGCCCAUCCUGGUCUGGUUGCUCACCCGUCGAACGUCUGGUUGGUACGACAGCCCAAAGAAGCCACCCUGGUGCCCACCUCACAAGGUCUUGAUGGCAGGGUGGAUAACCAUCUACUUCGUCAUAGGCUAUGCCUCCUACCUGGUGUGGAAGGACCUGGGAGGGGGCUUUGGGAGGCCCCUGGUCCUGCCUCUCGGCCUCUAUGCUGUGCAGCUUGCCAUCAGCUGGACUGUCCUGAUUCUCUUUUUCGUAGCCCGCACCCAUGGUCUGGCCCUGCUACACCUGCUGCUGCUCUACGGGCUGGUGGUGAGCACAGCGUUGAUCUGGCAUCCCGUCAACAAGCUGGCUGCCGUGCUCCUGCUGCCUUACCUGGCCUGGCUCACCGUGACUGCUUCCAUCGCCUACCGCCUGUGGAGGGACAGCCUCUGUCCAAGCCAGCAGCCUCAGCCCAGUGGGGAGAAGAGCGACUGAGGCACCAGGGACAGGAGAGGAGGGAGGAUGGCCAGGGUAGGGGUAGAAGAGAAUGGCAAGGAGGGCUGUGGAGCUAUUCUGGAGAGAGGGAAGGUGGGGGGCCAGGGAGCGAUGAAUCCCUAGAGACGACUCGGCCCAGGGUGGUCACCGUCCCGGGUCCCCCGGUGCCAAUUUUCAUUCCGAUUUCAGAAAUGGGAAGAAAGGGAAGAAACUUAUUCUACACUUAAUAUGAAUUAAUUAAUCCUGCACUAAUAAAUUAAUUUAGUGAUAUCA